AUGAGUCAAGUUGCUCCAAAGUGGUACCCAUCUGAAGACGCUCCAGUCGCUAAGCAAGCUAGAAAGACUGCUCGUCCUCAAAAAUUACGUGCCUCCUUAGUUCCAGGUACCGUCUUAAUCUUAUUAGCCGGUAGAUUCAGAGGUAAGAGAGUUGUUUACUUAAAGAACUUAGAAGACAACACUUUAUUAGUUUCUGGUCCAUUCAAGGUUAAUGGUGUUCCAUUAAGAAGAGUCAAUGCUCGUUACGUCAUUGCCACCUCCACCAAGGUUAAUGUUGAAGGUGUUGAUGUUUCCAAAUUCAACGUUGAAUACUUUGCCAGAGAAAAAUUAACCAGAUCUCAAAAGAAAUCUGAAGCUGAUUUAUUCAACGAAGCUGCUCCAAAGAAGGAAAUCAAGGAAGAAAGAGUUGCUGAUCAAAAAUCUGUUGAUGCUGCUUUAUUAGCUGAAAUCAAGAAGACCCCAUUAUUAAAACAAUACUUAUCUGCUUCUUUCUCCUUAAAGAGCGGUGACAGACCACACUUAUUAAAGUUCUAA